GAGGAGCAGCAUCGUGCCUGCGGAUGUAGCAGAAACUUUCCACGGCUUAUCCCGCGGGGAUGCGACCAGGAACCAUCACUGGAGGGAAAAGGUUAAGCGACAGCAGUGCUCCACGGAGGGAGUAGUCUAAAAUGUGGAUGAACUGACAUUUACUCCUCUAUCCGGGCCGGUUAAUUAUACGCAAAGUUGAAGUACCAAGGAAACUCCGCUUCUUUGAAAAUGGCCGUUCGUGGCAACUCUCUGAUGCCUUUCUCAAUCCAAGCCAUCCUGAACAAAAAGGACGAGAGCCGACACUUGCCAGAUUUGGACAUGUGCUUCUCCAAGACGGCUUGCUGGAAAAUAUUUGGGGAGAUGAAAGGCGGGUCUCGGAGAGAUGAUGGGGAGGCUUGUGAGCCGACGGACCAGAAAAGCUACGACUCGGACUCGGGACUCAGCGAUGACAACGACAGCAAGAUUCCGGUCGUGUGCAAGUCGGAGAAAGACGGAGACCCUGCCUCGGAUGUGCCGGAGGAAAGUUUGCAAGAGGAGACGGACCACGAGUCUGCAGCAGCAGAAAACGCAAAGAGUGACAGCGAGCCCAAUAAUGCUACGGACUCCAGCACCCUGGACGAGAAGAGCCUGGAUCAGCCCAAACAGAGGAAAAAGCGCUCCAGGGCCGCCUUCUCUCACGCGCAGGUCUUCGAGCUGGAGCGUCGCUUCAACCACCAGCGGUACCUGUCCGGGCCGGAGCGGGCGGACCUGGCGGCCUCCCUGAAGCUCACAGAGACUCAGGUCAAGAUCUGGUUCCAGAACCGCCGGUACAAGACGAAACGCCGCCAGAUGGCCGCUGACCUCAUGGCGUCGACUCCGGCAGCCAAGAAGGUUGCGGUGAAAGUUUUGGUGCGGGACGACCAGAGACAGUACAGCCCGGGAGAAAUCCUGCGGCCCCCGCUGCUCUCCCUGCAGCCGUCAUACUAUUACCCCUACGCUUACUGCCUCCCUGCAUGGACACUCUCUGCAUGUGCAGGGAAUCAGUGAGAAGUCGGUGACUGUAUUUAUUCUUUUUUGUUUUUGUUUUGUUUGAUGACUUUGCUCCCAGGAAAUCAAACUAACUAUACUUAUUUUUCUGACAAGAGGAUGACACCUGAGGGGACUUUUGUUAAUCUGCUCAUCUGCCUCAUCGUGUUGCCCAGGCAGGGGUUCCCUAACUACUUUUUUCACAUUCUCAAAUACAUAAACACGACUCAGUCUUUCAUUUAAGAGUCUGUCCCGAGGAACUCUGCAAAAAGAAGACAUUUCUCAUGAUUUAGGCUAUAAAACCAUAACUGUCUGAAGUGUAAAGCGGGGAGACUGGACCUCCUUAUUAAACGUUAACCUCUGAGGAGUGACGCAUAAUAACAUUAAAGUAUUCCUCUCUUUGCUCGGGAGCCCCUCAAGGACCUCUGAAGCCCCACGGACCCCACUUCGGGAACCAGCGGCCUUAAUAGACUGUAAAUGUCAUCUUAUGUUGGUUUAUAUUUUACAUGCGCCUUCCUACCUCUGCAGUGAUUGGAAAUAGGCAUAUUCCAUUGACUUUUCAUAUAACUGUCUCUGUUACAGGUUGUGUUUUUUUUUUCUUGCUGUGUUUGUAAAGGUAAGAUAUUUCAGCACUUUUGAGCUAUAUACAUUACUUCAAUGUAAAAUGCGUUUUAGUGUGGGCAUGUACAGUGAGGAGGCGGUCACUUGUGUUAUUGGCCUGAAAGUGAUCUCGUGGCAGGAAGCAGGCUAUAAAACAGACCGACUUCUAAU